AUGGGGUUUUUCUCACAUCUCAACAGAGCUAUCAAUGGCUACCCUUCUUCCUUAAAGCUUCUGGUUCUUUUCUCUGUCAGUAGCGGAGGUCUUGUGGCACAUGCAGAGCCACAGUCAGACAAUGGAAGAGAUACCGUCGAACUUAAUCAAAUGGAACCUAAGAAGAAGAGAGUAGUGGUGCUAGGCACGGGAUGGGCUGGUACCAGUUUCCUGAAGGAUCUGGAUAUUUCACUAUAUGAUGUUAAGGUGAUCUCCCCUCGGAAUUAUUUCGCAUUCACUCCUUUGUUACCUAGUGUCACAUGUGGAACAGUUGAGGCACGAAGCAUUGUAGAACCAAUUCAGAGAAUAAUGAAGAAGGAAGAAGAGGAUGCUCAAAGGAUCCGUCGAACUGUUAUAGAUUGUUUUGAAACAGCUGUCCUUCCAGGGCAAAGUGAAGAAGAGCGAAUGACAAACCUCCAUUUUGUAAUAGUUGGAGGGGGGCCAACUGGUGUGGAAUUUGCUGCAGAGUUAUACGACUUUGUCCAUGAAGAUUUAGUAUACUUAUAUCCCACGGUAAAAGAUCUAGUGAAAAUAUCGGUGAUCCAAUCUGGGGAUCAUAUGUUGAACAUGUUUGAUCAAAGAAUUAGCUCGUUUGCUGAACAAAAAUUCCGGAGAGAUGGUAUUGAAGUUCUAACAGAAUGUCGGGUUGUAAGCGUUUCUGAUAAAUUGAUCGACAUGAAAAUGAAAUCUCUGGGAGAGAAUAUUUCUAUUCCCCAUGGGAUGGUUGUGUGGUCAACUGGGAUAGGAACUCGCCCAGUUGUCAAGGAUUUUAUGAAAUUGUUGGAGAUAUAG